GGGACUCUCCUCGCGAGUCCCGCGGCGCGGCAGAGGACCUUUUCCCCCGCGACCGUGGUACUACGCGCCGUACGCAGAGCGUCGCCUCCAUUGGGCCUACGUACCCCACGUGACGCUGGGCGCGUGCCCCGAGAUCCACGGACCCACAGCCGGGUGUUUCCUAGGCGACGCCGACCAAGGGGAGCAGGCCAGAGCACGUGCGCGCGCCACAGCGAAGCAGGGUGUGCGCACGCUGGGCCCCCGAUCUCUGGGGAGCGCGCGCACCUGACCCGACAGCGGCUGCAGUGGAGCGGGGCGCUCCAGGGUCCCUGCCGCACAUCAGAAACCGUGCCUUGAAAUGCUGAAAAUUGUCUGCAGAGGAGCUGAACUUAGUUGAAUACUGGAAAAGCUGCUGAUUUAUUUGUACCUUUCAACAUGACCAGUCCCCAGUCUACAAUAGAAGGUAGAGUUUCAGAUGUUGAGAUCAUUUCACAACAAGUAGAAGAGGAGACCAAAAGCUUAGCUCCUGUACAACUUGUUAACUUCACUUAUCGAGAUUUACCCCUUGCUGCACUUGAUCUAUCUGUGGCAGGGUCCCAACUCUUGUCAAAUUUGGAUGAGGACUACCAAAGAGAAGGAUCUAACUGGCUAAAGCCGUGCUGUGGGAGAAGAGCAGCUGUGUGGCAGGUAUUUUUGCUCAGUGCAAGUCUCAACAGUUUCCUGGUAGCCUGUGUAGUGUUGGUGGUGAUUCUCCUGACUCUGGAACUCCUAAUAGAUAUAAAACUUCUCCAGUUUUCAAGUGCAUCACAGUUUGCAGGAAUUAUUCACUGGAUCAGCCUAGUCAUCUUGUCUGUGUUCUUUUCAGAGACUAUUUUGAGAAUUGUGGUUCUUGGCAUAUGGGAUUACAUUGAAAACAAAAUAGAGGUAUUUGAUGGUGCUGUAAUAAUUUUAUCCUUGGCUCCAAUGGUGGCCUCUACCGUGGCAAAUGGCCCAAGCAGUCCUUGGGAUGCCAUUAGUCUCAUUAUAACUCUGCGGAUUUGGAGAGUGAAGAGAAUUAUUGAUGCCUAUGUGUUACCUGUGAAAGUGGAGAUGGAGAUGGUGAUUCAACAAUAUGAGAAGGCAAAGAUUAUUCAAGAUGAGCAGCUUGAAAGACUAACCCAGAUCUGCCAAGAACAAGGGUUUGAAAUUAGGCAGUUGAGAGCCCACUUAGCUCAACAAGAUUUGGACCUGGCUGCUGAGAGGGAGGCUGCACUGCAAGUACCUCAUGUGCUGAGCAAACAGAGCAGCAAUAGAUACAAGGUUGUGGCAAUUGGAGACUCAGAUGACGAUGAGGCCACUGCAAAUAUUACUGAGUUACAACCACAAGGAGAGGCCAUGGUCAAGGAUGAUAUGAACAACUACAUCAGUCAGUAUUACAAUGAGCCUAGCAGUGAUAGUGGAGUUCCUGAAGCCGGUAUUUGUGUCAUUACCACAGCAGCCAUUGACGUGCACCACCCCAAUAUGUGUUCUGACCUGUUCACAGUGGAAGUGCCCAUGAAGAUAGGAAAUAAUGAAACUUCUGCUAGUGUCACAUCAGGCAGUGCCUGCAGAUCUACUGACAGCUCUGUAACCAGAACCCAAAGUGACAGCAGCCAAACCUUUGGCUCUUCCACAGACUGCAGUACCACCCGGGAGGAACCUUCUGAAAACUGCCCCUUAGACAGGGCUGGGAAUGCAAAACAUGAUCAAAUUGAUUCCUCAAGGCAUAGGGUCAGCAGUGCAGUAGUUCAGGAACUUUUAUCAUUGUCUGAGGAUUCUUGCUUGACACAAAAAGGCUUGGAUCCAGUCAACCUUAAAUUGCCUAGUCCAGCAGGAUCCACCAAAGCUAGUCCUGAGCUGGAACACAGAGUGAAUAUUUACAACAAGAAGAACCAAGAGAGCUUUGAUGUGCCCCAGAUUAAGCCAGUUAUUCACCUUCAGCAAAAUGUCUCAGUGAUCUGUGACAAGUACAAAUCUUUGGAAUCCAAAGAGCAAAAAUUGAAUAGGGACCCAGAUUCAUAGUUCUCCAAAGUUGUAGGAAAAGAUGGGACAUUCUAGAGCUUUAAUGGCACCCUCAGAACAAUCGUUGGCUGGAUGUCUUGCUCCUUGUGUGGUUUGAAUGAACUGAAUAUUCAUAAAAUGCAUGAGUUCUGAGAGCCAACAUGAAUCCAUGACAUUCUUGCUUCAGAGGUCCUCAGGCCAAGCUCCAGAUGAAAAAAAAAACAUUCUGUAUUACAAAUCAAUGACCUCAAAGAUGUACAGAUUUUUAAUCAUGGUUUUGUGACAUUUCUUAAAAAUGCAUCAACAAUUUUUAUGUAACUCUGAACAGCCUUCUGUGAGGUCAAGUUUCAGCAGGGUAUGGUAUGUGCAUAUGUAAACUUUUCCUUCUAAGGGUUCUUACUGUCCCUUUGUACAUGAUAACAGCUGUAAACCCCUUUGUACAAAUUCUGCAAUUAUUUUUGUUCUUUUCAAGGCGCAUUUUGGGUGAUGCAAAUUAAAGAAAAGAAGUGUGACCUGUUUUUGUUUUAGCAUGGGCUCUUUAAAAACAGUAUUUUGGAAAAGAAAAUACUGUUUUCACCUUCAAGUCAACAUAAGUGAAAAAUGCACAUUUUGCAAAUUCAAUUUUAAUUAAAGAAACAAAUAAAUAUAUUCAUUCUGUGCCUUUUUUUCUUUACAGAUUUAGAAGUAGGCUAUAUUCAUGAAGUAAUUAGUGUGAGUUUUCAUCUUCCAUUUGGGAAUUAUUUUAAUCUCAUUUACAUUUAACUUAGUUUAAUGAAAUAGUACUAUUUAUUUAUAAUUGAGUUAUUUGCAAUUUACAGAACAAAUCCAGUGAAAUGUGUAUGCUUUUGUGACCCUUUUAGAUACUGUGCUGGUUAUGCAAGAAGGUGUAUUGAUCAAAUCCACAGUAUUAGUGCCCCAUUGGUUCUGGCAAACACACAUAUGAAGCAACUAGGGUUUCAGUGGAAGUUGCUCAUGCAUUGUCAGGGACAGUCAGGCCCUAGAAGACUUGCCUAUGUGCGAAAACUGGGCAUUAUCAAAGGAAAUACCUUUUGAAUGUUGUAUCUUUAGAAUGGAAUAUCUAAGGAAAUUAUCCAUUUUAGAGUCUAGACUGGAGUACUUGCAAGUAUUUCAGCUGCAAGUUGGGAUAAGAACAUAGGACCUAGCAAUAGCAGUCCAAUAGCCUGUUUCCACUAGUGGCUGGUCUGUGUAAUUGAAAGAAAGGAAGAAAACCUGCACAGUGCACCUAACUGUGUAUUACUGUACCAUGUAGAAGGAGACUUUCUGACCUUAGAUGGUGAUCUCAUGUUCCCUAGCUAGUGAAACUGCUGUUGCUCUUUAUAAUCAUAGAAAGUUUUAUGAAACUCAGGCCAUAUGACACUACGAGAUAAGGUUGAAUCUGUUAUGGUAAAUUUCUGUACACCCGAAGUGUCAAAAGUCUGUGUCUUCCACUGUGGAGUUCAGUAUAGUCUUAAGUAACGCAUCCCCAUUAAUGGAGCCUUCUGUCGACUCAAGGGAACUAUAGACCAGUCAGCCUUACAUCAGUCCCUGGAAAAAUCAUGGAGGGAAUC